AUGUUAGCUUCCAGGUCCCUCUUCAGAGUGGAUCGAUUUCUGAAAUUUACAACUACUUAUGCUGCAUUGGAGCCAGUGAAUUACUUCUUGGGAUACCGUGGUUAUUGUGGUUUGAGCUAUAAUAUUAAAAUGGGUGGUGGAAAAGAUAAGCAAAGUGGCAGGGAUCGUAACAAAAAGAUCAGAACAACUAAUACUGUAUGGAGACCAAUCAGUACUCAAGCCACUUCCAAUGAAGAAUGCUCAGUAAAGGUGACCACAGAUGAGCUGGAAUCUGAUGCUCAAGUCCAAGAAGUGCACCAUUGCACAUCUACCAGAAUUUCAAGUGCUCACAAUGUCGUAGAGGUGGACUUUACUGCUAGUUCCAGUGCAUUGCAAGAUAAUGGGGAAAAUACAGUCUUCAGAGGAGAAUCAGUGGUUUCUACUGAAAAGCAUUCAAUUUCAGUUGAGGUUGGUGCUUCUUUGGUUCGCUUUAUUAGAGGAAAAGGGGGAUCUACACAGAGAGAGAUUGAAGAUGAGAUGGGAGUUAAGAUUAUAAUCCCCUCAUCAAAGGAGGAGGAUUCAGUUAUUAUUGAAGGCAUCUCAAUGGAAAGUAUAUCUAGAGCUUCUGAGAAGAUACAUACGAUAAUUGAUGAGGCAGUUAAGAGCCAAAAUCUUGAUUACUCUCACUUCAUUUCACUUCCAUUGGCAAUACAUCCUGAAUUAGUUGAUAAGCUUGUCAACUUUCAGAACUCCAUCCUGGGAAUUAGUGAUUCUUGCGUAGAUGAGAAAAUGAAUAGUGAUUCAAAUGAAGAUACUUCUGAGAAUGAAGGAGAAGACCAAAAUUUAGAGAAAGGAACUGAUGUCGCAGUUGAACUUAAUGUUGAAGGUGACAGUGAGCAAGUUAAUGUGAAUCUAACUCACAUACCUCUUGUCAGUUAUGCUCCUAAAACGUCAAAGGCUUCCACCCUAUCUGACUUGGGAAUUGAAAAGUCAAUAUUCAUUAAACCAAAAACGUUUCACUUAACUGUGCUUAUGCUGAAGUUGUGGAACAAAGACCGAGUUCAUGCAGCUAUUGAGGUUUUGCAGAGCGUCUCUUCAAAAGUGAUCGAAGCUUUAGAUAAUCGUCCUGUCUCCAUAAGACUUCAGGGACUGAAUUGUAUGAGAGGUUCCUUGGCCAAAGCUGGUGUUGUCUAUGCUCCUGUUGAAGAAAUUGGCAGCGAGGGGAGACUUCUGCGUGCUUGUCAAGUCAUUACCGAUGCAUAUACUAAAGCUGGGCUUGUUCUAGAGAAAGAUGCUAAUCAGAAAUUAAAGUUGCAUGCAACCGUGAUGAAUGCAAGGCAUAGGAAAAGGAAGAAUCGAACAAGAAAGGUUCAAUCCUUUGACGCCCGUGGCAUUUUCAAGCAGUAUGGAUCCGAGGAAUGGGGAGAGUAUCUUAUCCGUGAAGCUCAUCUUUCACAAAGGUUUGUGUUUGAUGACAACGGAUAUUACCAUUUUUGUGCUUCUAUACCUUUCCCUGAAACAUAUGAAUAG